AUGGCCACCCCCGAAGCGACAACCGCUGCUCCUAACAACACAACUUUGCAAGGCGAGGUUUCUGCUGUUGUCCCAGAUAACGCAGAGACGAAGCCUGCCGCCGAGCCUUCUCCCCCGACCGAGACCACCCCAGCCACUGCAGAUACUCCGGUCGUUGCUGAGAAAGCCGGGGAUGCCGAUGUCCCCGUCGAGAAGAAGGCCACCCCGAUCGAGGAGCUUUGGGCCCUCGCCCAGGCACACGGCCACCCCGAGAUCUGGGGGGUCACACUCGCAGACCCGGCGACCCACGUCCCAACCCAGGUGAUCUUGCAAAAGUAUCUGAAUGCCUACGACGGAGAUGUCGCAAAAUCCAAGGACACCCUCACCAAGACCCUGGAUUGGCGGGCCAAAAUGCAGCCGGUGGAACUGGUCAAGAAGAAAUUCAACCGGAACAAAUUUGCUGGGUUGGGAUAUACCACUGUCUAUGGCAAUGCCGAUCCGGCAGCGGACCCUGAGAGUAGAGAGGUUUUUACUUGGAAUAUCUACGGGAGCGUCAAGAGUCUGGACGAGACGUUUGGGAAUCUGCCAGAAUUCAUUGAAUGGCGAGUGGCCCUCAUGGAAGAUGCACUGCAAGCCCUGGGGAUUGACAAGGCCACCAAGCCCAUCACUGCGACCUACGACCCAUACAAGAUCCUCCAAGUUCACGAUUACAAGUCGAUCAGUUUCCUUCGGCAGUCUCCCGUUGUGAAGACUGCCAGCACUGAGACGAUCAAGAUCUUCGCGCAAAACUACCCCGAGCUGCUCAAGGAAAAGUUCUUUGUGAACGUUCCUGUAUUUAUGGGAUUCAUCUACACGUUUAUGAAGCUGUUCGUGGCCGCAAAGACCAUCAAGAAGUUCCAUCCGAUGAGUAACGGCGCCAAUCUGGCGCGAGAGAUGGCGACGAGCAGCAAGGUGAAAGGAUUGGGAGAGAUGUUGCCAGAAGAGUAUGGUGGGAAGGGAGCUGCUCUCAGUUCUGCCGGAAGACAGCCAUCACUUGAGGAUGAGACUGCGGCGCAGUGA